AUGCCUCUAAUUGAGGAACUUCCAGUUACUACCACUCAGCGAACCACUCAAGGCUGGGCCUACGUUCCAGACAUCAAGCAGCCAGUCCAACCACUCGAAGCUCGAAAACGAGGCAGAAACCAGGGCGCAAGCAAAGGAGAGAUCAGCGCAAAGCAGCAGAAAGCAAUACAGACCAAGCUCAACGAGCUAGACAAGGAGAACUACAAAGAUACAACCAUCGCGAUCCCGGCCAAGUCCAAAGAACGAGCCGGCAAGAAAAUCACACCAAAUGUCCGACGCAUAUUGAUGUAUCAGCGAACGUUCGCACACUACCUAGCCGAUGAGGAAGCACAGCUUGGGAAUGCAAACACUGUCCCGGCCCUCCCUCAGACUCCGCUACUCGCCCGCUCAGCAUCUUCUCGUGCCUCCAAGUCGAAGCCGACGCCCAUGCCACCACCACCACCACGACCCGGUUCUGCACGAAGACCAUCUGUCGCAACACCAACACAAGCACCAACCAUGAACCGCGAACGAUCAUCCUCAAGAUCAGUCACCAGCAUUCCUUCCACACCCCAGCCAACAAUUUCCGGCCGCUCCAUCACUCCCCAAGUUGAACCUCUACCACAACUCCCACCCGCACCACCAACCACCCCGCAGAACUCAAACACCCCUUCCAAAGACCCAGCCCCAGAUCCAGACCCAGAUUCCAAAAACCCGCUCCUCCGUUCCCACCCGCACCUCAACCUCAAACCGCCCUCCCAGCACCUCCUGCAGACCCUCCUCUCCGAACCGCCCCUCUCCUACUCCGCCUCGCGCGCCCAACCCCUCGAAGACUUCAGCCCAAACAACAACAACAACAACACCAACACUACCGGACGCAGCAUGCGCCUCACAUCCAAACCGCCCCGCCACUUCUGCAGUAUAUGCGGCUACUGGGGAAAGGUCAAGUGCAACAGGUGUGGAGAGAGGACAUGUGGGCUGUUAGAAUGUUGGAGGGGUCAUGAGGGAGUUUGCGCCGUGCCUGCUUACUAA